AUGUCUGCUGUGCACUCAAAUGUCGACUUGGGUUCACUCCCUCCCUCUUAUACACUGCCAAUCGCACCUGGGGAAUCGACGACCAGCGAUGAUGCAUUUCCCUCCCUACAACCUAGCAAUUUGCCAGCUUACACGCCUCCAUCCAGGCGGACGAACUCUGCCCCAACCGCUCAAGGGGAACUGCGGCAGUCCAUGCCAAAAGAGUUUUAUUAUGAUUUGAAACGGAGGGGCAAGGUGUUCGCCAGCUUGACGUUGAUUGCAGAGGGAACUUACUCGAAACAUAUGCCGACUUUUCUGGAGGGUCAGCCAAUUACAGGGAGGGUCAAACUGAGUUUCGACAAACCGGACGCGUUGCAGUCCGUCAUUGUAUCUAUACGCGGACAGGUUAUCAUGGGAGCCAACCGUGGCGAGCAAAUGACUUUUAUCGAAAUAUCACACACUUUGUGGUCACCUGCCACUGGUGGCGAACAAAUGUCGAUAAACUCCAAUCACUCAAACGCCCCAGCUACCCAAGAACAGGCCCCUGCUGCGUCCAGCCUAAACAGCAGUCAGCCAUCGAAAGUUAAAGGGAAACUACAGGGCGACUACAUGUGGCCCUUUUCCAUUGAGUUACCAAAUCAGGUUGUAUGGGGCGGAAAGACCUUUAGCCUGCCUCAGACGUUCUACGAACGGCAUGCACGGGCGAGUAUUACUUAUGAAGUAUCACUUCAGCUUUCAAGGGGGAAACUAAGGGCAGAUCACAGAAUACCAGCGGCAUGUGGAUAUAUUCCACAAUCGAGGCCCCCACCAUUCCCACUCAUGAGAGCGCUUGCAUACCAGGAAGGUUUGCCUCUAUUUGGGCCUACAAUUGACCCAGACGGAUGGUUUUCUUGUGAACCCGUCGUCAUUAGGGGAAAGGUUUUCAAUAGUAGGAACUCGCAAAUAAAAUCUACGCUUUCGUAUACGAGAGGCUCGGUAAUUCCACUAUGCCUUCGUCUGGAAAGCAUGGACGAACAGGUACUUGACUUGCUAUCAUCCCCCAAGGCGAUAGUGGCACGUCUAGAACGACGAAUACGGUAUUUUUCGAACGCAGAAAACAACUUGGAAUCGUGGGCUGGGAAAGACGGAGUCGAUAUCUCUCAACCUGCGGUCUGGUGGCCAUCUGCAGAAGAAUCCCACCGUUCCGGACAGCUACGAUUCGUCAAUGGGGAGUUACACCUCAGAGCAGAUUUUAAACCUACUUCUGCAGUGGCACAAUUUCGGAUUCAGUACUCUGUUGUACUUUUCCCUUUCGAGUCUCCAGGCGUUGUGUUGAUGGAGCGCAAGCCUCUCAUCCAACACCCUGUUGAGAUUGUUACAGCGUAUGCCCUGGGUCCUAAACCUCGAAUAACUGCUCCUUCCGGAUACCUGUCAGAAGCACCUGUUCUCACUCCAACGAACACAAUAUCCACCGCAGAUAUUGGACUUCUUUGA